AUGGAGUCGUCCGAGGAUCUCCAAAGUGCUCAGCAGCUGCAGAAAUCACGGCGCAUCGCCGACCGGGACCGCAAACGGGCGGUGAGAGCCCUUGGCCCUGGCAAUGAUGAGCUGGCGGCCCGUGUGAAGGAUCUGGAGAGACUUCUCCAGCACUACGCCGGAGACAUCAACCUCGAUCCGGAUAACCUCCGAAGUCUUGCCAUGGCUGUGGACCGGAGCAGUCCGCCGCCAGCUGUUGGCGGGACGUCUGUAUCACAGGCGUCCGACUACCUCGGGGCAGAGGAGGAGAACUUCACUAAUGACACCGACACGCCCACCUACCGCGAGUACUACCGUCCCGAGGAGCUUCAAACCGCAUCCGAUACCUUCACAUCAUUGACUGCGCUUCCUCCGCGCCAUGUUGCCGACUUUCUGGUGCAGGCCUUCUUCAAGCACGCCCAGACUAACUAUUUCUACGUCGAGCGCGGCUGGCUACUCGACAAGCUCGAUAUCGUGUACGGCAACGCCGCCAUCUUGACCCGCAGGGACGUCGGGACCGUGUGCAUGAUCUUCAUCAUCCUUGCCAUUGGCACCCAGUACGCCUAUCUCGCCUCUUCGACGAGCAGCGAUGGAGAUAACCAUACUGGUCCUUUCACCGAGGACGCGAUAGGCGUCAUGUUUUAUCAGCAGGCGUGUAAGCUAGUACCCGAUGUCAUUACGGUGUCUUCGCUGGAGAGCGUGCAGGCGUGCCUGCUCAUCGGGAUCUACACGUUGCCUCUCGACCCGUCCGGCCUGUCAUACAUCUAUCUCAACAUGGCCGUCAAGCUCGCCAUACAGAACGGCAUGCAUCGGAGAUACCUGGGCGAGGGGCUGGAUCCCAUGCUCAAGGAAACGCGGUGUCGCGUAUGGUGGACAGCGUACACUACCGAACGCUCAUCAUUCCCCAGACGUGUCGGCAUCUUCCACGGACGGCCGAUAUCAAUAGCGAGCAGCGACGUCGAUGCCGAUAUGCCAGUCGAGCGUCUGGAUCUCUGGCCAUCCUCCACACCGAGCCAGAUCCCAGCCAUGCUCGCCACCCUUCAACUCCACAGCCUCCUGAGCAGGAUAGCGCAAGAGAUCUCGGGCCUGAAACCCCAAUCCAGGCACAGCACAUUCGACACCCUCGCGCGACUAGUCGACCUUAAAAACGACGUGCACAAAUGGUGGGACGCACUCCCUGAGGCACUCUGCCGCAAAGACAUCACAUCCUCGCCACAACCGUACCCUGUCACCCGCUCCGAGAUACACUUGCGGCUCGAAUACUGCCUAGUCCGCAUGUUCGCCGGCCGCCCUUUCAUCUUCCUCCGCGUCCCCACCCAGAGCAACCCCAGCGCGUCCAGCUCGCCAGCCACACAGAUCCAGCCACAGAGUCGACAGACCGAGACACCGGGUCAACCACGACAACAGCAACAAGAAGCCGCCACCCCGCAGCGCAGAGCAGACUCCAGGUCCGCCCUGGUCGCAGACUGCGUCGAGGCCGCCCUUGAGGUCAUCGACACGUGCAAGGUCCUGCGCGCCGGCGUCCGCGCCGCGCGCGCCUCCUACACCGAGUUCAGCUCCUGCCGCGUGGCCCUGCUCGUCAUCAUCACGCAGUGCCUGCGCAGCCGCACGGACCGCCUGCGCCAGUCCCUGCGGGACGGCAUCGCCGUCAUCAAGAUCAUGUCCGCCGGCGGCGAGUCCGCCCGCUCCGAGGUCUCCCUCAUCGAGGUGUUUGAGCGCGCCAUCGCGCGGCUGGACGCCGCGGAGGAGGGUGGCGCUGGCAGUGGGGCUGGGCCCGGGGCCGAGUCCGACUACGCGCGGUUCAAGAAGUGGGAGAUGCUGUGGCAGAACGACUCGCCGUCGAGCAGUGCGGUGGUGGGCGAGAGCGUGUUCGGCGGGACGCGACGGCCCGGCGGCGGCGGCGGUGGCAGCGGGAGUAGCUUCGACAGGGUCAUGUCCGACAUCGCGUCCGGGCCGAUCCCGCCACCGCCUCUGAUGACGUACGGAGCGAGAGGCGGGGGUGUCAAUGGUGGGGACUACGCGCGCGCCGGGACAACGCCGAUGCAGGUCAUGACACCUACCGCCGCGCCGCCGCCGCCUCUGGACUGGGACUUCGCAUCGUUCCCUCAGACGAUGGAUCAGUUCUCAAGUCUUUUUAGAUCUUCGUUUGGUCCCAGCCCUGAUAGGAUCGGGGGUUCGGAAGGGAAUAUGUGGAUGGGAUACUAA